AUGUUCAUUCCAGGAAUCGUCCAGGCCUUGGUUGCGGCCCUUACCUUCAAAACUAGUGGGAUCGUCAUCCAAGCCGCGACGCCCUCCGUCUUUCCUUUACUAAAGGGCCAUGGCUCAAAUAUCUUUCGGGACGGCCUGAGGCUGGUCCUCAUCACAUUCCUUGUAUCCUCAGCCCUGUGGGCUCAAAUCGACUUUACCGGCCUUACCCUCGAUCCGACCUCGACUUCCGGGUGCCAAGUCGUCGUAAUUUUUACUUCCAUCUUCGAUCAGCUGGCGCGAUUCGCCAUCGAGCAGUUUCUCUUAUGGGCCAUCAACGCGAACGCCAGCGCGCCUGCUGGCACCAUGGUAUACCAGGCGGUUCUCGGCGUGCGAUUUGUUUUGGGGGCCGUCUUUGUUGGGUUCCAAAAGGCCCAGAUCGCCACUGUAUGCGUAGCCAGGAACGAUGCUCUGGCCAUUGGGGCUGUCGUCAUGGUCACCGACUUUGUUCUCAUCGCCAUGCUUGCCUUUAGAGCCAACUCGAUCGGCAUCACAACCGCGCAAUGCAAAAAGGCCGUCAUGUGGACCAUUGGGGGACUGGGUCUUUGGACUGCAACAAGUAUCCCGCUGCUUCUGGGCAUUGACACGAUUGAGUUGCUUUUCAGAACGGCUCUCCCUGCCACUGGCCUGUCAAUCCUACUCAGUAUCCUCACGAGUAACUUUGGAGCUUUGCUUCCUGCUCGCCAGAAGCAGGCUGUUCACCCAGACGCCCAGUCACCGCGUAACAUCAGCUCUAGCAGAGACAUCUCAACCUCGGACACCGAUUACCCGCCUUCGCGAUACGAGGACUUGAAAGGAGGCACGGUGACCACUGUUACAACUUUCAACCAGCCAAGGGACUUCAUGGCAGGUGCUGGCGGCGCCCUGCCCACCAUUGCCGGCUCCGUCCCGGGCCAGGCAAACAUAGGCGUCGGCGGAGUUCCAGUCCAGGGCCAGCUGUUUCCACCGAUUCGUGCACAGACAGCUCCGGUUAGGGAAAGCAGGAGAAUCGACGUUAAGCCCAGCAUUCUGAACAAGAGGAGCAUCUUUGACAAGAUUGGGCCGGGGUCGAACAUGAAAAACGCCAUUUCCAACCCGAUCCUACAGGAAUUCGGCGAGCGGAACCCCCUCAACAAGAUCGCUACGGUUGACCUCGCCACUGCUGCAAAGAACGACAGGGAAAGACGGGGUAACGACCUGACGAUGCAACGGAAUUCCAGCACCUUCAACGCUCAUCGUCCCGCUCCCAAGCCUCCUGCCAUCACUCCAGAGGAGGCCCUCAGGCGAGCUCAAAGUGGCAAGCGGAAGGACGUGGGACUGGCGUCACCUCCGGCGGAGUCUCAACAACUCAGAUCCGUAGGACUGAAGUCGAACCCUCCGGCAAUCACUUCAUCUGCUCAGCUAUCGCCUGGAGUCGAGGAGAUCAGGCGCAGGUCUCCUAGACAGAUGCCCGAGGACUACCGGCGGUCAGAGGAGGAGACAAGACCGACCACGCCCCCGCAACCGAUCCCGGUGUCCAAUGUCUCUCCGCCCCGCCCGCCGCGGCCGGAACGGCCCUUGAGCACCUUCGGGACGGUUGGACGGGCUACAAGUCAACGUACCGUAGAGACAUCCCUGAGUCAAAAUUCUCUUGAUCGAUCCGCGAGCCAGAAGUCUUCCGUGACAUCCGCCCAAUCUACGUCGCCGCCGAUGGGCCUGGUACCUCCGCCCAAGAGCGCCGCUCGUUUGGCGUCACCGAAGAAGGCGGAUCUCCCAUCAACUUGGCCUAUCCAGACCGUGGUCGACCCAACGAUUCGGCCUUCCAGACAGGCCCCGCCAUCUCCAAAAACACCAGGCGGUACUUUGCAACGGCGGCCGACCGGUGGUCUGCCAUCUAACCCGAGAGCGAUGACCAUGAAACCUACGGCCAAAGACCACUCUGUCCCUCGGGAGCAGACCGUCUUGUUUGUCAAUAACAUUCAGUACAACGAUCCCACAGCUGUGCAGAACAUCAUUCAGGGAGCUACGAACCAUGCCGCCAAGACGCCUCUGCCCUUACAGUCUCCCGCCCCAGCGCUCAAAUCGUCCAAUUCUGUUGUUCAUCGACCUCGUCCCAUUCCCAGACAGCAGGGCAAGGAUCGCCAGAUCUUCCCUGCCGAGAAUUUUCCUAAUCACAAGAGGAGCAAGUCUGGCGGCUCAAUCAUCAGCAGAAAGUCCAUCUUGAUGUCAAGUCCUGGAAGUCCCACUCAGCUGCCGCCUCUGCCGCCGCCACCCAAGAGUGCUGGUGCCCCCAUACGGGCGCUGCCCAACAACACCAAGAGCAUGACUUUUGACGAGAAGAUGGAUCUCUUCUUCCCCGGAGCCAUCGGCGGCACCGCUGCAAAUGGCCAACCUGGAGCACCGAUUCCAGAGAUGCCUGUCGUUCCCUCGGCUUACAAGCCAGCGGGCAACACUGCCCUUGAGGAGAAGGAUGCGUGGGAUUCAGAAAGCAACAAUGACCAGUCAAGGCAGUCCAAUCGCUCGACCAAGACUUCUGCUCGUACUCACAGCAUUCACGAGAUCGAAGAAGCAGUCCUUCCGGAUGUACCUGCUCGUUUCACAUCCAAGUUUAGUGUCGACACGUCGGUCAUCACUGGCAGGCUUGAUGAGCACGAGUCUUGGAUCCCUGCUCUUCCAGCGAACGACGGUCUCCGGGUCAAGCCAUCGUACGACGGGGCCAAGCGGCAAUCAUCACCCGUCAUCCCGGUUCGCAAUCCCAGCCCUUCUGAGUUCAGCGAGGCAAGGACUGCGAGAACCCGCGAUGAGGAGACGGCCACGAAUUGGGGAUCAAUCCACUCGCCGGUGGCCGCGGUGAACAUUCAAGAGGUUAUGCACAUGCCUAAGCCCAUGUGGAUUCAGCCACGCGACGAGCGCAACCCCCGGGACCUGUCUAUGAUUAGCCAAAAUGACGGCAAGGAGGUCAUGACAAUCAUGCUUGAUGCAUCCAUGGAGCAUGAGAGGGACGUGGAGGCUCCGCAGGCGCGCGAAAGCCCUGUCGAUCUCCCGGACGUGAGUGUUGUCGACCAAGGUGCUCGCUGGCAUCGCCGCAUCGGCGACGAGAGCAUCACCUUCACCGAGCGCAAGGAAAAGGUGCAGUCGCGCAGACAGCCCCCGCCGAUGCCUCUUCGAUUGCGGUCUCCCGCCAUGAAGAACGCGAUCGUGAUGCACGCUGCCGAGCCUUCUCCCUUGGAAUCGCCGCAGCAUGCGUACGAAAUGAUCCAGGCGCAGCUCAAGAAGUUCGAGGAGCCCAACAGGGACUCGUAUGAGAGCGAAGGACAGAGGAUUCGUUUGCUUGAGUCCUUGGAAGCCGAGAUGGGGCAGCAAGAGAGCCAAUGGCACGAAAUGCAGCAUGGUCUCAGCCGCGCCUCCCUUUCCACAGUUGGAACGACUUCAGUCCGCAACUCGCAACACGAGUCUGCCAUCGUGGACUCACAAGCUGUUCCUAGCAUUGAUGUUGCACUUCAAGAGAUCCCCCAGCGCAACAACAUUUCCUUGGAUCGGCAAGCUGCCCGUCGCGCUCGGAUGGGGAGCAUCAGCAAGUCGUCUAUUGAGGACCUGAGAAGCGCUUCGUCCAUCUCAUCGUCCCAGAACAAUUACAACGACAACCGCACUAGCCUCUGGCAACAGCGGUUGGCGGAUGCUCAAAUGGAAUACAUGGAGAACGCGUCCGAACUAUUGGCAAAGCGAAACCUCAAUUUCUUGUCUGUCUCAAAGGUGCCCUUGAGCGCUACGGCGUUGCAGCUGGGCAGUCCUACCCCACCGGACACCGACGAGUCCGACGCCGAUGACGCUCAGAUACUCGCGAGGGUCAUGCCGAACAAGCGAGCCGCACCACCGGGGGCCUCUGGGAACCCGACUCGCCAGUUUAUUUUGAGCGCGAGCACCCAUCGCUGCUUUGGGCCCCGGCACAUCAUCAUGUCGCGACUAAGUCGUCUUCCCCGAGCGGCGACGGUGACACCCUACCUGGCCUAUCCCUCGCAACUUUGGCAGCCCGACCACACCGCUGCUAAAAAGCUGCGGUCCACCUCGGGAUUAUGGCGUGUCUCUUGGAUUCCUGAACCUCCCAAACUACAGGCGCGUCCCGUCACACAGCGACCACCAAGGCGAAGCAAGCGUGUUACUCUCCUACCCGACAUCCUCGAAAGCCCGAAGCCGCUCCCUGAUAAGCGUGGCACUCUCGGCAUCUUCCAGUUCCCCUGGGGCGAGAAGUCGGACACUGCGACAGUCCAACCACGGCCGAGUCAUAUGUUGAUGGCUAUGCCUGGUACUAUGUCAACUGGUGGAUCAACAAUUCGUGCCGCAUUGGAAGCUCGUGCAAAACAACUCGAGUCUGCAGAGUAUUCUUCGUCCUUCUUUGACGACUACGACGAAGAGGAAGAAGGAGACGACGAAGUCUCAGACAUUGAACAGGACGACGACAGCGACGACGGCUUCGACGAGACUACCCUCUGGGAGAUCGCCAGCCUCUUGCAGUCUGACCAGGUGCCUUCCAAGAACAGCCUGCUCCCUCAGCCAGCUUUUUACCGCCCUGAUUCGUUCGUUGACGAGGACGUCUCCGAGCGUUCGCAGUCAGAGUACGAAGACUCUGAGGAGGAGAGAACCGCCGCAGACGAGGAGGAGGACACGAAGCACGACAGCAUGGUCAUCACCGCCGCUACUAAGGCCAUGCCCGCCGCGCCCGAGUCAAUUCCUCUCCUCUGGACCCCCAAGCCAAAGACCUUUGUCACCGCCCGCAAGAUGACGGCGGGUCUCCCGCAACCCGACGCUCGCACGUGGGGAGGCUACGUUGAAAAGAUGGAAGCUGCCCCGCGUGUCCGCGAGCGUCUCCCGGAGCCCGCUGUCAUCCACAGCGCCACCCUCUGGACCUCGCCGGCGAAGAAGGCAGCACCAAAGACGAACGCCCCGCUGUGGAACAAGCCGCAGCAACGGGCGGCUAGGACAUUGUGGGCUGCUCGGCCUGCCGUCGUCUACACCGAGUCCAUUGGCCUGUUCAACCCCGGCCACAAGCGUGCCUGCUUCAGGACAACGUCGGCCGAGCCCGUUGGCCUCGACAUGUCUUCGGUCGCCAGAGUAACGUCUGAGGAGCUGCCGCAGCUCAUGUCAACAAGCCUCUGGGCCCCUGCUCCUGUCGAGACUCGUGUCGAGAACUGGAUGUCCUUUUCCUCGGCCAGACACAGCUCACCUUUCGCGCCAGCAGCAGCCAGUACGCUUUGGGCUGCUCGGCCUGCCGUCGUCUACACCGAGUCCACUGGUCUGUUCAACCCCGGCCACAAGCGUGCCUGCUUCAGGACAACGUCGGCCGAGCCUGUUGGCCUCGACAUGUCUUCGGUCGCCAGAGUAACGUCUGAGGAGCUGCCGCAGCUCAUGUCAACAAGCCUCUGGGCCCCUGCUCCUGUCGAGACUCGCGUCGAGAACUGGAUGUCGGUUUCUUCGGCCAGACGCGGCUCGUCUUUCGAGGCAGCCUCUUCGGGCCGCUCGACCCCGUCUUUGGACACCGCGUCAACGAGAUCCGACGAUGAGGAAGCCGUCUCCGACUUUGAGCCUUUGCCCGAGGUCCCCGUCAAGAAGGCUACUUGGUGGGAUUCCUUCAAGACCAAGAUGUCCCAGCCGGCGCAGACAGCGCCGCAGCCGGAACCCCUCCGCCGCAUAACGGCCACGCCCGCAGAGUGGGAGGCCGCGCUGAGCGAGGCCAUUCGAGCCAUCCCGUCGUCGCGGCUCGUCCGCGUCGAGACUACUCCUGCGCAAUGGUCUGCGGCACUGAACCAAGCCAUCACCGCGUCCUUCAACGUCGCCAAAUCCCACCCGGCCUUCGCAGGUUCCGUGGCGACAACUGCAAUCUGCGACCCCGCCGUCGCAAACCCAAUCUUCUUCAGCUCGCCACCCGCAACCGUCGAGGAGCCCUCGUCUCUCGUGACUGAAGAGCCCGCCACUCCAGCGCCGGCAUCCCACGUCAUCCCCCUGUGGUCUGCCCCCGUGGUCGCAACCCCGAAGGAUAUGGGCAUCAUGUGGAUACCACCAACCAAGCCCCGCCUGCACGCCCACGACACCGCGCCCACGAGGCCCGAGGACCCCGAGGCCCGUCGUCUGCGCAUCAAGCGCGCCAAGACGGACGUGUCCGCUUCUUCGUCGUCGUCGGGGCUCGUCAACUUCAACGGCCAGGUGAUGUGGAACCGCUUCUACGGCGCCGAGCUGCGUCGCGUGACGCCCCGUGGCGGCGGACGCGACUGGCUCGAGGGCGCGGCCAAGCCGCCCGUUUCCAAGGUCGUUUUCCGGUAUUAA